AGCGCCAGGAGACGGGGCCUGAAUGAAUACGGGUGGGAAAAAAACACGCUUUUGCAUCGCUCAACUCAAGCUGCCCUGCCUAGAAACCUACAGAGCAGCUUCAGUGCAUAUGGAGCUGUAAAUGUGUGCGUGGCAGUGUGUUAGGACUCCCCAGGCCCCGCGUGCGCCCCAAACAAGCCAGAUCCAAACACCAGCGCUGUAAGGCAGCGAACCAGCGAGCUAACCUCAACGUGCACUCUCGGUUCGGCUCGUGGAAGAGGGAGGGAGAGAAGGAGGGAGGGGAGGAGGAGGGCGCAGCGGAGCCCGGCCGCCGUGAAUAAUUGAUCGCUCCCCUUCUCGGUGAGAGAGCCUGGGACGCGCCUCCUCGAACGGGAGCCCCUCCAUGUGAUACAGUCGAGCUGUACGUCCCCCCAUCGCGUCCUCUCUGCAGCCGCGCGCGGACAUGCUUGGAAGCAGCGGCUAAACAUCCCUGUCCCCUCUCUCUCUCUCUCUCUCUCUCUCUCUCUCUCUCUCCUCCCCACACACUCUCUCUCUCUUUGCUUUAACACUCAACUUCACCGGGGCUUCAUCGUCCGCGCGAGAGGAGCGAUCUUAAAUACACCGGCCAGGUCUGGUGAGGAAGGACUACUUAAGAGGCUUUAUCGUGAAUGUGAUAUCUGCGCGUGAAGAAGGCAGGAAUCAAAAGCCAUCACCAUGAAUUUUGUUAUGAAGCAAGCGUUGGGGGGGGCGACCAAAGACAUGGGCAAAAUGCUGGGGGAAAAGGAAGAGAAGGACCCUGAUGCCGAGAAAAAGGAAGAGGAAAGACAAGAGGCUCUCCGGCAGCAGGAGGAGGAGAGGAAGGCAAAAUAUGCAAAAAUGGAGGCAGAAAGGGAAUCCAUCCGACAGGGCAUCAGGGAUAAGUACGGAAUAAAGAAGAAGGAGGAGAAAGAAGCAGAGGCUCAGGCAGCCAUGGAGCAAGCGUCCGAGGGCAGUCUUACCCGCCCCAAGAAAGCUGUGCCCGCCGGCUGUGGUGAUGAGGAGGAGGAAGAGGAAAGCAUCGUGGACACCGUCAUGAAGUUCCUCCCAGGUCCACUCGUAGACAUGUUCAAUAAAAAGUAACAGCGUCUCGGAUAUAUUGUUAUUAAACCUGUCAUAAAUGUCAUUACGUCCACCAAACCCUUGCCCUCCGCUCGUUCCAAAACCUCUGGACUCAGUCAGUGUGCCAUGACAUUUGUCUUUAACUAUGAGUUGGACAUUUUAGAUGGAAAGACGACUUGACCUGUGCACUAAACAAUGUAACAGAUACAUGCCUGAUGCUGUUUCUCAUAUUGAAGACAAAUUUAAUGCCAAGUUCUUUCUGAGUCCAGGCCAUGGAACGACAACAGUAAUUACCCAAGCUCCACCUAUUUUGUUUGUAAAUAGACUACUAAAAAAAGACUAUAUAUGAAUAUCAGAAUAUAUAUACACACACACACAAUGACUAAGAGAAAAAGCCAUAAUUUUAACUUUGGAGAAAAUCCUCCAAACCAUAUCGUAUUUUUGAUUAAAGUUUGCUGUUCUGUUAUUGAUAUUAUUGACCAGUUCAUGUGGUAGAAAUGUAUAUAAUGGUUUACAUAUUUAUUUGAGUUCCAAUCUGUGAACCAGUAUGGCACCAUAAUCCCAUGAUUCUCUAUGUUUUCUUGUAUGAAAAUAUUAUAAUUGGAAAUCCUAUAGAAUGGAAAUGAGUGAAAAAACAUCGUUUUUCUUUGUUUUUUUUAAAGCAUGAAAAUGAUACUUUGUGACUGCACUGUAUGUCAUUUCGUUUGACAUUUUUAGAUGAAAUACAUUGAUAUUUAAGGCAAUAACUCUGAGUUUUUUUUUAUUUCGUUGACUCAUACUUCCCACAGUAUAUACAUAAAAACAUGAUUUUUGAGCUCUUCCUUCAAAAGUUACGUCCCUCAUUGUGCUAACCAUCUCUCUCUGGAAAACACGAUUUAUUGAUUGAUUAUGGAUUCAGGCAUGUUAGAUAGUCACGACGAGAGGAACCAUAGAGCUAGAUGCUGUGUUUAAAAUAGCUUAGCUCCUGGGUGAUAUUGAGCGCAUACUACUACAAUUGGAUCAAUAGGGCUAUAUAUAUAUAUAUAUAUAUAUAUAUAUAUAUAUAUAUAUAUAUGUAUAUAUAUAUGUAUAUAUAUAUAUAUAUAUAUAAAAUCGUCAUCUUCAUUGCUGUACAGUAAAUAUUGUAAUUCAAUGUUUACAUAUUUAUGUUUCGAACCACAACUCAGUUGUGCGUUAAGUGAACAGACAGUGACAACAGUGCAAUAUUUGUUUUUUGAAUGAAGAUGUCCUGUGUCAGUUGGUUAACUACGGGAAUGCUAUCCCAAAUCAGCAAUAACAGACAAUCUUCAUCGUUAUGUAUUCAAGCUUAAUUAAUGAAUUAGAGAAUGUUAGUGUGUCGUCUUCCUAGUGCCAGUCAAGCUGAAGACUUGAGAUAAGCCUCAUGAAACUGCAUCUCGGAGAGGGAAGCAGGGAGUGGAGAACUCGUUUUAUUUGUGGGUGUGAAUUUCAGAGUAGGAUGUUAGGCCGCUCGGGGAGAGCUGGUUUUGGGUCUCUGAGCCGCGAACUCUCGUGUUGCUUCACAAAGCGGUGUUUUGGGCCUGUGCUUUGUUUCUUUGUUUGUUUAAUUUGUUCUAAGUGUUGUUGUUGCUGUUGUCGUUGGUGUUGUUGUCAUAAGUGUUGUUGUGAUAGUCCGUGUUUGUGAUGACUGCUCGGCCAAGAAGGACAACAAUGGGUCCAAAUCCCUCAAACAUGAGGUGAAAAGCUGAAAAUGAGCUGAUUGUGAAGCCUGCUUUUUUCUUAUUGUCGAUAAUCUGCUCAGUGGCUUUAUAUAAAGUUUGGCUUCAUGCUCACACACAGUAAAGCUAACGUUCAAAGUACUGUAGAUAAUCAUAUUUAACGUUACAGUAGGUCACGAGUCAGUACUAGCUAGUCUAGAUUCAGGUGAAAUCAUCAGUCAGACAUCUAAGCGAGCUGAGCUGAAAAUGCAUUCAUUUGUAAAGUUUUCGAGAGUAAUGUAGUUAGCUAUCGGCUGCCAAUGGAAUGCUUUAAACAUUCCAAGAUAUUUCAAACAUUCCGUCUGGCCCUUGCUGGUUUCCCAGAAUUCUUUGAUUAACAUUCAGCUGCAGAAUCCUUCGUGCAUUUAAAUAAAAAAUCAAAUCCACUGUCUGUAGAAAAUAUUGUAAUGAGACACAACUUCGCCAUUAAAGCUCAGCCGAAGCUGAGCUGAACGAUGUGGUGUAGUAGCACACAGACAGAGCAAUCUGUACAGCUAUCUGACCUGCCAUGUAAUCCUGAAAGCAACGAGUUAAACGUAACACAUAUAGGAUAUCACUGUGCUCCUCAGCUUGCAGCUUGAUUGUGCAGUGAUGGUAUCUAUUUAGAACCAAACAAACUAAUCUGUCGCUAAGCUGCUUAAUUGGUGGGAAUUGCUAUUUAGAUUAGCUGUCAAUCAUUCUCAAGCUGUACUUUCAGAUCUUACUGCCACUACUCUCAUUAGUCCAGUGUUGAGGCAUUUUUCCUGAUAUAGCAGACUUGGCUAAGUGCAAUACUGGGUGCUGGAUGAAAAGGUUUAAAAAUAGGUAUAAAAACUUUAUUUUCUGAACUUCUCAAUCCAAGAAGUGUAAUUGAUCCAGUUAAAGAAAAGCCUGCCAUCGUCACUUAACUGUUCUGAUGUAACAGAGGCCGUGUCCAGAGCACAACUGCUGUAUUUUUUUUCUUCAGUAUCUGUGUAAACUGCCUUCAGCUUCAGUCUUUGUUGCUGAUUACAUAUUGUGGCCUGUGUCAUGGUGACUAAUAUACUUUGGCAAGACUGCCCAGAAUCUCCAUGCCUGACAUCAUUUACCACUGCCCAUCUCCUCAUCAACUAUGUUUUCUAAAACCAAAGAGUGGUCUUCAUUCUGAUAGAAUGUUUGGUGUGUAUUGGUUCAUUUCAUGUGUUUGUCAGUUUUGCUUUAUUUUUAGUGUCAUUUAUCAGGUGUUAAUAGCUUAAGUUCAGUUCUGGUGUCAUUUAAUGUCCUUAAGUUCAUUCUGAGUCUUUGAGGGUUUUUUGGCAUUUUCAAGUCUAAUCACUAUUUUAUAAGGGUAAGUUACUAUCCAGAAUGUAUGGACACCCAUUUCCACCAGGUACAGUAAAAAAAAGAAUUACCUGGGUUUUUUCUCCUUGUUCGUUUUUUUGGCAGCAUUGUGUGAAAAGUUAAUAUCUUGAAAUAAUUACUUAUUUUGAUAAUGACUUAAUUUGAGUUAGUAUCUCAAAAUAAUAACCUAUGUCCUUGGAAUAUUCACUUAGUGAUCUCAAAAUGUUGUAUUAAUUGCUCAAAAUAGUGACUUACUUUCUUGGAAUUUAAUAAUUUCAACAAUUUGUUUCAACAUACCAAGUCAAAUUUUUGAGAAAAUAACUCAUUUUGAGAUCAGGUCAGCAUUAGAUAUUAAGCCAAUAUUCUGAGAAAAGAAGUAAUCAUUUCAAGAUACUAUCUCAAUAUUUCAACAUAUUCCUGCCAAAAACAGAGAAGAAGGUGAUUUUUUCCCUCCUCUUCCUCCUCUAGGAAUGGGCUUCCAUAAGAAUGUGAUAAAACUAAUAAACUCUUCUCAGUUCAAGACUGGACUAAAGCCUACCAAGCUUAACUCAUAAAGUAAUGAAGAAUACAAACAGGAAGAGCUUCUGUCGAUAAUCUGUGAUCUGAAUGGCUUUGUGACAAUUUCCAGAAUGUACUUUUGUCGAAUCUUGCACAAAGCAGAUCACAAACACACAGUGUGUUUGUGAUUUGCUUUAAGUAAGAUUUGACAAAGGCACAGUCUGAUCUCUGUAAUCCUCACCGUUCAGGGUGACCAUCCGUUUUCACUCAGAUACUCAUAGCACUGGAAAAAUUACUGCCUGUAAGAACACUAUGAACUAAUCCAUACUUGUGAGCUGAAUGUACAUGUGUGCUGUUCCUCUGCAUUGUCCUUAUUCGUGUCUUCUCUGUGCUGAUACAGAUAAAUGACUCUUGCUGUGGUUUUUAUGUCCGUAACUUCUUCUUGUUCCUGUCUUUUUCCAGUGGCUGUAUUUUUGAGAAAUAUGUUCCUCCUAUUUGGUGCAUUCCUUUUUAUUUAUUUUUGUUUGGUUUUGUAACUGUGAAAGAAAAAAAAGACCGCACUUCUCUUCUCCCUCUCUCCGUUCCCUCUCUAUCUCUUUGUUGACAAAAUUGUAUGCAUGCAUAUGGUGUGCGCAGUAGGCAAGGUUGUAAAAGAUACUUCUGUGUGUCUUCAGUGUUUCUGAUUGCUCCACCUGUUAGCCCCCACUGCAUGCCCAUUUUAGAAUGUUUUUAGAACUGUAACAUUCCUGCCAAAAUGGAAUCACCGCACACUGAGAAUAAAGUGAUUUCAUAUAAUC